AUGGAGGAUACAGCUGAGGCUUCAUGGUUCUCUGAACUGGAGGGAAUGGAGGAUCCAUUUGUCAGCGACCAAUAUGAUAUCACAGAUUUCUUUGAUGAAGAAUUGUCUGCUGCACUCGGAGAAGAACAGUACUUCCCUAGCUCUUUAUCUCCACAGUGCAACUCACUUUCCUCUGGGCAGAUUCCAAGAAACAAUUCCACUACCAGCUUGUGUGGAUCUUCUACUAUGGAACCUCCCCAAAAUGUGGUCGAAAGACCAUCUAAACACCACAAGGCAAACAAUUAUCUUAACAACUCGUCGACUCUUCAAGCCACCAAUUCAUGCCAUGAGCACGUAAUUUGCACAUUUGGGAACUCAAACGUGGUCCCAGAAAGGAACCGUCAACAGUUGAUCAUGGGAACAAACACAGGCGAUGAUUUAGUAUCUGAAGCGUUGAUUUCCAGGGCUUCAUUUACGAGUCUUGUAGAAGCAGUGAAAGGGGUACAUACAACGAAGAAGACUAGUGGUCGUACGAGACCACCUUCCCAAACUUAUGACCAUAUAAUUGCCGAGAGAAAGCGCCGUGAGCAGCUAAGCCAACAAUUUGUAGCUCUUUCAGCAAUAGUUCCCGGCCUGAAGAAAAUGGAUAAAACUUCAGUUCUUGGUGAUACAAUCAAGUACUUGAAACAUCUUCAGCAGCGAGAAAAGGAGCUCGAGGAGCAAGCUACGGUGCAGACCAUGGAAUCUUUGGUACUUGUCAAGAAAUCUCAGCUCUUGCUUGAAGACGAGGGCGAGCCCUCAGAUGAGCAGGGGGGUUGCUGCAAUGAGCAACCGCUUCCUGAAAUUGAGGCUAAAAUGUGUGAUAAGCAUGUUCUUGUGAGAAUACUGUGUGAGAAGCAUAGAGGAGUAUUAGUUGAAAUACUUUCAGAGAUGGAUAAACUCAAUCUGGAUGUUAUCAACACAAAUGUUGCACCAUUUGGAAGUUUGGCUCUAUAUAUUACCAUUAUUACUGAGAUGAAGAGAGAAUUCAACCUGUCGAUGAAAGAACUCGUGAAUAGUCUUGCAUCAGGUUUAAGGCGAGCAACACUUCAGAAAGCUUGA